UCCCGCCUAAAAAAAGGCGCCUCCCUCAGCCCUGGCCCCCUCAGCCGUGGCCUUCUGCUAAAGCUGCUGGCCCUGCACCAUGCCCACCGACCGUCCACCCCACGGGGAAUGGCAGUACCUGGGCCAGGUGCAGCACCUCCUCCAGGAUGGCUGCAAGAAGGAGGACCGAACCGGCACCGGCACCCUGUCCGUCUUCGGCCUGCAAGCGCGCUACAGCCUCAGGGAUCAGUUUCCUUUGCUGACGACCAAACGGAUGUUCUGGAAGGGAGUACUGGAGGAGCUGCUCUGGUUUAUCAAGGGCUCCACAAAUGCCAAAGAACUCUCUGCGAAGGGAGUGAGGAUCUGGGAUGCCAAUGGGUCUCGGGACUUCCUGGAUAAGCAUGGCUUUACCUCCAGAGAGGAAGGAGACUUGGGACCAGUUUAUGGCUUUCAGUGGAGGCAUUUUGGUGCCGAAUACAAGGAGAUGAACACAGAUUAUGCCGGCCAAGGAGUUGACCAGUUGCAAAAAGUCAUCGACACAAUCAAAGCCAACCCUGACGAUCGAAGAAUCAUUAUGUGUGCGUGGAAUCCUAAAGAUAUCCCUCUGAUGGCUCUGCCCCCUUGCCAUGCUCUCUGCCAGUUCUAUGUGUUGAACGGUGAGCUCUCUUGCCAGCUGUACCAGAGGUCAGGAGACAUGGGCCUUGGAGUGCCCUUUAACAUUGCCAGUUACUCAUUACUCACAUAUAUGAUCGCACAUGUCACGGGCCUGAAGCCUGGUGACUUUGUUCAUACUUUGGGAGAUGCUCACGUAUACCUGAAUCAUAUUGAAGCGCUGGAACUUCAACUUCAGAGGGAGCCCCGACCUUUUCCCAAGCUCAAGAUUCUUCGGCAAGUUGAAACCAUCGAUGACUUCAAAGCCGAAGACUUCCUGAUUGAAGACUACAAUCCCCAUCCAGCUAUUAAGAUGGAGAUGGCGGUCUAAGACCCCCCUUUGUGGCCUAUUUUCAGGGGGUCCCUGUAGCAAUCCCUCUGGAUGCUUGUUGGAAAGGUGAUUUGUUUUCCGGAGCCUGUGUUUAGAUGGAAAUGAACUAGAUUUAAAGUCCUUGGAACUUCUCUGGUAGAGGAGUUUUGCUUCUAGCAGAAUUAGCCAUGGGUACAGUAAAUAGAGCACAGCCAGAUAGCUUUCUUUACUGAGGAAUGUUCACUGUAGUUUGUUGGUCUUUCUGAGUGCUGAAGGGAUGAGAUGUGAACAUCAACUUUUGUUCAGUUCCAGGACUUAAACUGCUAAGCUUAAAACGUGUACGAAAUUACUUCACAUCUGUUUGAAUAAGGUUAGUCACUCCUUUUUACUCGCUGUACAGAGACACUAGAGUUUGCAAUCUUUCUUGUCUAAUGCUGAAUUUAUUAAAAGGUUAACUUG